UAUCACGUUAUGCCCCGUAUAUCUUAAAAACUUGCAUUCGUUACUGUUCCAGUUUCUGCAUCGUUCAUCUGGUUCGUUCCAAAAAACAACCCCAUCAGCGAAAAAUGGCCACGGUGAUUGAAUUGUUACCAAAAGAAUAUGGCUUGGUAGCCAUCGUUCUCGUUCUCUACUGUUUCCUCAACUUCUACAUGGCCGCUCAAGUGGGUAUGGCUCGCAAAAAGUAUAAAGUGUAUUAUCCCACCCUUUAUGCUUCUGAAUCCGAAAACAAAGAUGCCAAGCUCUUCAACUGCGUUCAGAGAGGGCAUCAAAACUCGCUGGAAACGAUGGCUAUCUUCUUCAUGUUGAUGAUUUUGGGAGGGCUGAAGCACCCUUCCAUUUGUGCUGCUCUUGGAGUACUUUACACCGUUGCUCGAUAUUUCUACUUCACAGGCUAUGCCACUGGCGAACCCCAGAACCGUCUCACGAUCGGGAAAUAUUUUAUGGUGGCGCUAGUGGGUCUAAUGCUGUGCACACUUUCAUUUGGAUGGACUCUUCUCAGUCAGACUGCUAGCCAUUGAUUUGGUCAUACUUUAACUUUUCUUUUUUGGCCCGCCCUUUUGUUAAUAUGGGGUUUGGUAAAUUGUUAAAUAAUCCGAAGGACUAGGUAUGAGUAUGACUAUGAACAAUUUAGUUUCAUUUCAACUUUGAAGCGUGUUUUGUGUUUGAUUUACUCUAUGGCCUUUGUUAAUAUAAUAAGGUCAAUUUUGGAGUUUCAGCAAGUGGGUUCGAAAUUUCGAAUAUGGAUCAUUGUAAUUUGUUGUUCUGACUAUUCAUCAAUUAGAUGGCUGGAUCUAUUAUUGCUG